ACCGCAUGUUUAACUUUUUAGCCAUUUAAAAUUAAUUUCGCAAUUUCUCGGAGCCCUUUAAUUAUAUGGAGGGCGUCUACGGUGGGAGUUUCUGGAUGAGUUGAGGGCUGAAUGUUGUCGUCGGAGCCCCCCCAGAGGAUGAGUCUGACCCCCCCGGAGCCCUGAUGUUGUCUGUUCCUGGCAUUUUGUCGUAGCGCUUGAGCGGUUAGCUGCCCGUUAGCUCAGUGCUGCUGCCGCCGCGGAGGAAGAAGAAGAAGAAGAAGAAGAAGAAGAAGAAGCAGCUGCGUUCUGUCACAGCUGCUCACACGAAGAGAGACAAACUUUCCGGAGAACAUUUUACAACUAGUCCCUUUUUGUCCGCUGUUGGAUUAUUGUUUUAUUUCUAAAAAAAAAAAAAAGACCAGGACUGUUUUUUUCUGUUCAUGAUGGCGCGUGUGCUUCAAAACAGACAGCAGAAAGUAGCCCACAGCAGCUAUCUUGGCUAAGUGGGGAGAAAUAGUUGAACCGCUGAGAGGCUGGGCCCUCCUCACAUUGAAGCACUGGUGGCUCGUGUUCACACACAACUUUGACACCACUUCACUGGAUAUAAGGGAGGAAGGAAGUCCAAACUACACCGGGACUUUAAAUUUCUGGAAACGGCCUCUGGUUUGUACAUUGUUUGUUUUCUGGACAGCAGAUAUAAAGAUGAACUCCCAGGAAAUGUUCUGUGACGCUUCGUGUCUGUAUCUAACCCCUGGGUUGUGAACUGCCUCGCGACACGUUAGUGUAGCGCUUCGUUUCCUGCGAACAGCAAAAGAAAAGACAAAAAAAUUAUCGCUAACCAUGUCGAAAAUCAUAGAAAACAAAAAAGAGAAGAAGAAGAGCUGCUUUCAGAUAACGAGUGUGACCCAGAGCUCACCGGAAGAUGUUGGGGAGCACCAGGAGGGCCAGCUGUCUAUCACCAGCCCUGUCAACGGGGGGGUCUCUGUGAAAUCUACAUCCAGCGGUCGUAACACCCCACGUAGUGCCAGGGGGAGUUUGCCUUUUGUCUUCAGCUCCAGUGUGAUAACCAGUGCUGCCGCUGUUCUUACCAGCAUGGGGCACACAACUCCCACUAGCAGCUGUAGUUCUAGAUUUAGGGUCAUUAAACUUGACCAUAGUAAUGGAGAGCCUUUCAGACGGGGCAGGUGGUCUUGUACGGAGUUCUAUGAGAAGGAAUCAGAUUCAGGAACCCAUCGGACUGUGGAAAGCAUGAAGCCAUCCGCAUCUUUCGACCACAGUGGUGACAGAGACAGUGGUUAUGGGGCUACCUGUAAUUCUGUUGUCACUAGCAGUACCUUUUCUGCACAGGGUCUGGAGAACUCCACAGACAGUGGCUAUUCUGGACAUCACAAACUCCCUCAGGCUUCUGAGUCUCUGCAGCAGAACUAUGGUUUAGCUCCUCAGAUUGGGAGUGGAGCAAGUGACUUCCAGACCACGGGAUAUGCAUGCACAGCAUUACAGCAAACCCCCCAGACGCCUAUAGCUGACAGCCUCAAUGAUGUUCACCAUGGUGCCAAUAUGUCUGCUGCUUCGCACCACCAUCAGUUUGUCUAUUCUCCUCAAGCCAGCCAGAUACACCUUCCUAAUGCAUCUCCCUCCGUGUCCUCACCUCCGUUCCCUCUUGCUGGUCCAGGAACACAAGGCCAGGGUGGGGAUGCAAGCUCAACCCCGGGUUUCAUGCAGCAGGUGGGCAAUGCUUCAGCGGUGGCCCCCGUCAUUUCAGGAAGCGCACAACAGCAGCCUUCAGGGGGGGCAAGCGGUGCCUUUGCACCCUCCACAACGGCCAGCCAGAGUGUGCCUACCACAGUGCCAAGUCCAACCAGCAUGCUUUCAGACGCAUCGGGUGAGGCACCCGGCGCAGCAGCACUCAACCAGCUUCAGGGGGCUGGUGGGGGAGUCGGUCACCCAACGGAUGACGGUAGAAAGACGAUCGAAGCCGUUCCUCUGCAGAGUGGUAGUGCAGGGCCACAAAAAGACGGGGUGAUGUCACCUAUCGGCGAGAGCCUGCGCUUGACCAGUCCUUCUGUCAAGAACUUUUUUGGCAUCCAGAUUACAAUGAAUACAGACGGAGACGGUGCAUCUGGUGCCAAUGUGGUCGCAAUCGAUAACAAGAUUGAGCAGGCCAUGGACUUGGUGAAGAGCCACCUGAUGUACGCCGUCCGCGAGGAGGUGGAGGUGCUGAAGGAGCAGAUCAAAGAGCUUUACGAGAGAAACUCUGUGCUGGAGCGCGAGAACGCCGUGCUGAAGUCGCUGGCUAACACCCAGCAGCUCACCCAGCUGUCCAGCCAGCUCAGCUGCCUUUCACCGCCGCUGCAGCUGCAUCAGCCCCCGUUCAUCAAAAACAGCGGCCACUCUCUGGUUCACCACGAGGGGAGCCAAGGCGUCUCCUAUCAGCCAAACAUCACCUCAGCGUGAACCCCCUCACCCUCCCUUUAUUUUCCCCCCUUUAAACACAUGUUUUAAGGACAUGCCUCCCACGGACAGGAGCAGAAUGUCCUCGUUGGAGAAACAAAGAAAAACACCAAACUGUCCUCUUAGCCCUUUAAGCAGAAGGCAUGGCUCAUGCAUUAGUAUGCAUUUAUGCCAGCACAGGGCCGUCACACUGUCAAGACAUUUACCAACACUUAGUCUUAUUGUGUCCUGUGCUCGGCUGCAUGUGAGGCAUUAAACUAAAUGUUGUCCUUGUGCAGGAGGCAGGAGGGUUACCAAGCUCAGUGAGCUUAAACUGUUGGGGUAAACAGUGCUGGACAGUAUUAGUGACAGAGUUCCUGCAAAAAACAACAAACAUCUGACGCAAACUGUCCUCCAGGUGUCCACGUCACUUCAGGGCUGGUAGAGGGGGAGGCCGUAGGCAGACAUGGUGCCGGUCGGAAUGAGUGAAGAACACGUCCUCGUUGAGGAGGACAUGAUAGGCAGAGAGAGAGAGACAACAGUCUACGCUUUUAAAAGAAAUU